CUCUGCACCACCCUAAUGUCACUUCAACUUCUCAAAGUCUGAGCAGUCAGGGGUCCACACAGCUGUAGGAUUAUGGCACCAGCAAAGAAGGGAAUCUUGGAGCGUCUUAACGCUGGUGAGGUCGUGAUUGGCGAUGGAGGCUUCGUGUUCGCCCUGGAGAAGAGAGGCUACGUGAAGGCUGGUCCCUGGACCCCCGAGGCCGCUGCAGAGUACCCUGAAGCAGUGCGACAGCUGCACAGGGAGUUCCUGAGGGCCGGGGCCAACGUUAUGCAGACCUUCACCUUCUAUGCCAGUGAUGACAAACUGGAGAACAGGGGCAACAAGCUCACCUUCACUGGUGCUCAGAUCAAUGAGGCCGCCUGCGAUCUGGCCCGUGAGGUUGCCAAUGAGGGCGACGCUCUGGUUGCCGGAGGAGUGUCUCAGACUCCAUCCUACCUGAGCUGCAAGAGUGAGACAGACGUGAAGGCCAUCUUCAAGAAACAGUUGGAUGUGUUCAUCAAGAAAGACGUGGACUUCCUGAUUGCUGAGUACUUUGAGCAUGUUGAAGAGGCCGUGUGGGCUGUGGAGGUGCUGAAGGAGACAGGGAAGCCCGUGGCUGCUUCUCUGUGUAUCGGACCAGACGGAGACAUGCACGGUAUCUCUCCUGCAGAGUGCGCUGUCAGGCUGGUCAAAGCUGGUGCCCAGAUUGUUGGAAUCAACUGCCACUUUGACCCCAUGACCUGUGUGAAGGCUGUCAAGAUGAUGAAGGAGGGAGUGGAGAAGGCUGGGCUCAAGGCUCACUACAUGGUGCAGCCCCUGGCAUUCCACACCCCCGACUGCAACUGUCAGGGAUUCAUCGAUCUGCCAGAGUUCCCCUUCGGUCUGGAGCCCAGGAUUCUGAGCCGCUGGGACAUGCACAAGUACGCCAGGGAGGCCUACAAUGCUGGCAUUCACUUCAUUGGUGGCUGCUGUGGAUUUGAGCCUUAUCACAUCAGGGCUGUGGCAGAGGAGCUGGCCCCUGAGAGAGGCUUCCUCCCAGCUGCAUCAGAGAAACACGGCAACUGGGGUGCUGGUCUGGAGAUGCACACCAAGCCCUGGGUCAGAGCCAGAGCCCGCCGUGACUACUGGGAGAACCUGAAGCCAGCUUCCGGUCGGCCCCAGUGUCCCUCCAUGGCUGUCCCCGAUGGCUGGGGUGUUACUAAGGGCCAUGCUGAUCUCAUGCAGCAGAGAGAAGCCACCUCUCAGGACCAACUCAAACAGCUGUUCGACAGGUCAAAGACCCACUGAGUCAGUCUGUCUACUUCAGACCUGACAGCAGAGCUGAGUCAAACAGCUGUGCUGUGGAGCUGCUGAUGCUGCACAGUGGUUUGGACUGCAUCUGUAAACAGUGCUCCACCUAGCAAACACAAUGUCAGGGGCAGAGUCCUCACUUGAGACUGGCACUGUUGUGCGUAUCUGUUGAUUGUAAAACUGUAGUUUAUGUGAAGCCACAGUGGUAUCUCAAGUCAGGAGAUCGGGACCUUUUUGUUUUCCAUGACUCUGGACCAGUUUGUUUAAUGAAAAAAGAUCUAAUAAAAUGUGAAUUGGUUACUUGA